AUGCAAUCCUCCACUGUACCCCAUGAAAAUCUGCUUCCCACUCAGCCGCCAGUUGUGCCGACAGAAUUCAAAUCACCUUUGACGUCACGUUUGAACGUAUUUGAAGGCUUUGACCCAUCAUUUUCUGAACUUUCCAACCCGUACCACCAACCGGUUUUGCCGUUGAGAGACAGUAUUUUGGGUUCACAUGCUGGCGGGUACUAUAGUAAGUUUUUGGUUUUUUGAUCAAGGCUAGGAAAUAUGAAAUGUGGCAUUUCAAAGAACAGCUGGAAAGCAUUUUUUUCAAAAUGAUAAACUGCGACACUUUCAGAUGGAAAUUCACAACCUCCACGACAAUACGGUCAAAUUCAGGGACAUGAGACAAUCAACUUGAGAUCUCAACAGCAAAAACGAAAGCCAAGAGUCUUAUUCACCCAACAUCAGGUUUGCCCUUUCAAUUCCUCAGCCUUCCCCUUUUUCGAAAAUUUGAAUAUCAAUUUUCAAGCCAUUAUUCAUGCGAUCUUUCCAAUUUCUUCGUUUUUUGCAGGUCAACGAAUUGGAGGAACGCUUCAAAAAGCAGCGUUAUGUCACGGCUAGUGAGCGAGAAGAAUUGGCGCAGAACCUGGGUCUCACCGCCACACAAGUAUGUCUCGCGAAAGUGUAAUCCGGAAAUGAGGGUCAAACUUUGAGAAAACAUGGCAUGCUAGGCACGGUUUUAGAAGGUCUCAUUAUUUUGUCAAAGUCUUACAAGAUACGUGCGAAUUUUCAUAAUAUUCACUGAAAAUAUUGCACUUUUUAAUAUCCGUAAUGUUUCAAGGUGAAAAUCUGGUUUCAAAACCGUCGUUACAAGUGCAAACGGCUGGCUCAAGAUCGGACACUUCAAUUGUCUCAAAUUCCAUUCAACCCGGUACAAAUUUUGUUUUCAAAAAGCUUCAAAGUAAAUAGAUUUUUUAGAUGUUUGCUUCUGCCCUUCCAUUUGGUAUCAAUUGUUUUGGUGGCGCUUCUUCAUCGUCUUCAGCCUCAAACCUUUAA